GUUGAAAUGGUGCCGUUUGACGACAUUCCGUUGCAGAGAGCAGGCAGUCGCGAUGCGACCAAUCACAACGAUACACACACGACAACAACACGGGAUGAGAGGAGUUCUGUUUAUACCCCGAGUAACUCAGAGCCGGGCACGGCCGUGGAACAGUCAGCACUGCGACUGUCCGACAAG